AUGCCUCCUUCAAAGAAGGUUGCCCCCAACCCCAAACGCCACGUCCUGACGCUGGCUCAACUCUCUGCCUACGAUGAUAUCCUAACAGACGCUCUUGUCGACCAUGUGUACUACUGGACCACCAUCCCCAAAAACCGACCGUCCUAUCACCCGUCCCGCGGCGUGGUAGAAGGCACAAUCGCCAAGAUUCUCCAAGAUGAAGUUGUCCUCAACAAGAACCCAGCGGACGCCGAGGCAAAACUCCUAGCCACGGACGGACUACGCAGAUUCUCUGCUGCGCUCAAAACCGACAAGGAGAGGGACGACUUUCGCCGCCAUUUACGACGCUACAUCAACAUUUACCUCCCUGACUGCCCAUGGGAGGUUAAUUCUACGAACCGAUACACCAUUGUCACCCACGAAGCCAGCAUCACCGCACGACGACCUAUUCGCCGCAACGAAAGCAUCAAGUAUCUCUCUGGCAUGAAGGUGCACAUCACACCCGAGGAAGAAGACUUGAUUUCCAACCGUAAAAAAGACUUUAGCAUCGUCGUGAGCUCUCGAAGCAAAUCCACCAGCCUGUUUAUGGGGCCUGCCCGGUUCGCAAAUCAUGACUGCAACGCAAACGCCGCUCUCAUGACGACGAGUCAGGCCGGUAUUGAGAUUGUUGCCAUGCGCAACAUUGCCGUUGGUGAGGAAAUCACGGUUACCUACGGUGACAAUUAUUUUGGCCAAGAUAAUUGCGAGUGUCUCUGCAAAACCUGCGAGGAUGAGCGCAAAAAUGGCUGGCAGAACGCGCAAGGCAAGCCAACUGUCAAGACGGUGGAUGAAGAGGGCAAGACGGAGGCAUAUGUGCUGCGGACACGGCGACGUGAUGACAGCAUAUGCGCUUCCUCUCGAACGCCCUCGGUAACCCCGACCAUGCGACCAAAGAUUCGCAAGACUCGGACCGCCUCGCGACUGCAGCAUGAUGGGUCCGCGGAUUCAUCGGCACCCUCACCCGCACCAGAACUGACGCCGCGAACGGCCAAGCGUAGCUUUGAUGCCAUGGCUACGCCGCCAGUAACGCCGGCCAAGAAGCUGCAGCACACUGUCGAGCUUGUCGACGCUGCCCGGGAUGCUUCUCGAGGUAGCUCUGUAAGCGAUAGCUUUGGGUCGAGUCAAGAUGGACCUCUGGAAACCGACGUCUCGUCCCCUGAACCUUCUUCAGACAAACCCAGCGCAUUGGCUGGUCCUCUGUCACCCGACUCGUCACAGGGGGCUCCGUCACCACAAAAGAUGGACUCGGACCCUACCUGUAUUUCUGUCCAGCUCUUGGAAGACGACGCCCAAGACAGCAUUACAGUGAGUAUCGAGCCCGCAGAUGAUUCAGAAAAGACCGAUGCGUCACGCCCUCCUAAGCGCAAGUACCAGCGCAGGGUGUACAGGGAACAGACGCCGCCUGUGAGACAAAGGGCGCAUGGCGACUACGUGCUCACGCCCCUGUUGCUGUCGGAGCCUGCCAGCGCCUGGAUCCAGUGCGGAACGUGCAGCACACCAUUUGUGCAACAAAAUGCGUACUUUACGCGCGCAGCCUGCCCACGCUGCGAACGACACUCCAAAAUGUACGGCUACAUAUGGCCAAAGACAGACAAGGAGGGUCCUUGGGACAAGGAAGAGCGUGUGCUUGACCACAGGACUGUGCAUCGCUUCUUGGAUACAUACGAGGAGAAGCGGGCUCGGGGGCGAAAGGUUGGCUCUGAGCCAAGAGAGACGGAGGAAGAGGUGCCGUCGCGCGGUCGCACUCUGAAGCGCAAGCCCUUGACCAAGCCGGCUGCGAAACCCAAGGCUGUACCCAAAAGAGGCGGUGGAUUUCGUCGAAGCGGGCGCACUCGGACGAUUAUUUCAGGGGGUAGACUCCGCCAGGUACGUGGUGCUCAGGAGGUCAAAGUUGAUCCUGCUAUACCUCUCUACCUCUGCGCGAACUCAGCCAAGAUGCCAUCCGACGCUGUCGUUAGAGCGUCCAACGUUGUCGCUGAAGCGUCCGACGCCCUAGCGAAUGCCAUUGACAAAGAGGAAAAUGUGUUAUUUUCGAUGCGUUACCCGGAGCUCCAAAAGCAAUUUUACGCGUCGAUCCUUGAGCAAACCGUCGAGCUGGAGGAUAUGAUUUGCAGAUUGCUUCAGGUUCAAACGUGCAAGAUUCAUAGACAACCCAGAGCAUGGAUGCAUGGCAGUUUCAACGUUGCCAUUAUUGUGUGGCUACCAUCUGGUAAAGCUGCUUACUUACGGCUUCCAUUUUCACACCGCAUCGGAGAAGGCCCGUUUCCAGGCAACCUGGAGGAAAAGAUUCGUACAGAAACCGCCACCUAUCUCUGGCUACAGGAGCACUGCCCGGAUGUACCAAUUCCUACGCUGUAUGCUUUUGGACUGCCGGAUGGCUCAAUAAGAAUGAGGGGAUCUUUUCAGGAAUACCUCGUGGGCGCACACCUGCUCUCCUUGCAAGAUUUCAGGCUAAAGAAACAGCCAAAUGCGAUCUUUGACGAGGAGGAUGGCCAACGCCAAUUAGCAGCGGGUGCUGGGAUGCGAGCCAUUAUGCAUCACUUCAUUAACCCCGAUACCCGCCAAGGGCCAUUCUAUGUCACGCUGAACGACUUGAGUCAAAAUAACAUAUUUGUCGAUGAGCAAUGGAAUGUCCGAUGUAUUAUCGAUCUCGAAUGGACCCAUACCUUACCUGCCGAGAUGCAGGCCCCUCCAUACUGGCUUACAUCGAAGUCUGUCGAUGGGUUUGACGAUCGCGAGGACGUUGAUGAGUACGAACAAGUUCUGACUGAAUACAUUUCCAUCUACAGCGAGGAGGAGAUGCAACGGAACGGCUCAAACAAGCAGGCGGCAACACAGCUCAAAUCGUGGGAAAAUGGCAGCUUCUGGUACUUCAAGGCCGCAACGAUACCCAGGGGCGCUUACAACAUAUUCAACAGCAACGUCCAGCCUAUUUUCAACAAAAAUCACCCCAAUCAGUCCAUUUUUGAUAAAGUGUUCUUUUUCUACUGGGGACAGCAAGCGUCGAGCUUUGUGAAGAAGAAAGUGGAUGAGAGAAAUGACUACAUACAGGAUCUCAAGGAGGCCUUUGCUCAAGAUGAGCUAUGUUUCAAUAGAGAAUGA